AUUUAUGUGACAGACAUCGCCUCGUAAUAAUGUAGUUGAAGAUAUACUUAUUACAACUUUAUUCUUUAAGAAAAUUAAAGAAAUAAUGACAAUCAUGAAAAUAUUGUAUCACAAUGAAAAAUUCGUGUGAUGUCAAGUAGAUAUCAUUACGAAGAAAUUAACAAGAAUUAAGUUGUAAAAUUGACAGCAGUAAAUUUUUAACAAUGUUAAGUAUGCUCUUGCAACAGUUUGUUCAAAGACUUAAAUCUAAAAAUGAGGAAACACGUAAUAAAGCAGCUAGGGACCUUUGUCUCUAUGUUAAAACAGAGCUCCGUGAAGCAUCGCAAGAAGAAAUCACAGCUUUUAUGGAUGAAUUUAAUCACCAUAUAUUUGAAAUGGUAUCCGGAUCAGAUGUCAAUGAAAAGAAGGGAGGAAUAUUAGCUAUAGUUUGCCUUAUUGGAGCCGAUGUAGGAAAUAUUAACACACGAACUAUAAGAUUUGCAAAUUACUUGAGAAAUUUAUUACCUUCCAACGAUGUAGGGGUUAUGGAAUUGGCUGCUAAAACUGUUGGAAAAUUGGCAUUAGUUUCAGGUACUUACACUGCAGAAUAUGUAGAAUUCGAAGUAAAGCGUGCCUUUGAAUGGCUCGGUGGAGACAGACACGAAGGUAAAAGACACGCUGCUGUGCUUGUUUUAAGGGAAUUGGCUGUUUCCAUGCCGACAUAUUUUUUUCAACAAGUAACUCCAUUUUUUGAACUUAUAUUUAACGCGAUACGUGAUCCAAAACCUGUGAUAAGAGAAGGUGCUGUUGAAGCAUUACGAGCUGCUUUAGUUGUUACUGCGCAGAGGGAAACAGCGAAACAAAUGCACAAGUCUCAAUGGUACAAGCAAUGCUACGAUGAAAUAGUAGCAGGAUUUGAAGAAGUAUAUACAAGAGAAAGGGGAGUUAACAGAGACGAUAGAAUACAUGGUUCGUUAUUAAUAUUAAACGAAUUGCUUAGAUGUAGUAACAUUCAAUGGGAAAGAAAUUACGAAGCUUUAAUGGAACGAUUAAAUUGCUCUACUCAGCAGAAUGAAAACGAUAUAUUGUCUUUGAUGCCUCGAUUAAAAACGGCUAUAGUCUCUAAAUGGUCCAGUUCUUCUCAGAGUUCUUCUAAUUUUCAGCAAACGUUAUAUCCGGUGCAUGAAUCUGCAGUUUGCCGUUGUUUGAUGCAAGAAAGGCUAGAUGACAUCUACAAUGACGUAAUGAAUCAAAGAAUGUCUAGAAAUCCACAUAUUCAACACGCUCUUAUGAUGUUGUUGCCUAGACUAGCGGCUUUUAAUAAAGAGAAAUUUACAAAAGAUCAUCUGAGAGAGUCGCUAGCAUAUCUUUUAAUGACUUUACGUAGUAGAGAAAAAGAUAGGUACGCUGCGUUCACCACAAUUGGAUUUAUAGCUGUCGCAGUAGAGGAUUCAAUAAAUCCUUAUCUUUCAAAAAUUAUGGAAGUAAUUAAGAGUUUAUUACCUUCUAAAGAGACAUCCACCAAGAAGCGAGGAACAGCCUUGGAACCAGCAGUAUUUAUUUGCAUAACUCUACUUGGACACGCUGUGAAACAAGUGAUAGCUGCGGAUGUAAGGGAUCUGUUGGAGCCAAUGUUAGCAACCGGAUUGAGCCCAAUUCUCACAACAUCUCUCAGAGAAUUAGCUCAUAGCGUUCCAUCAUUAAAAUCUGACAUAUCUCAAGGACUUUUACGCAUGUUGUCUCAGGUUCUGAUGCAAAAACCUUUAAGACAUCCUGGUGCACCGUGGACUGCAACUAGCCCCAUAUCUGUCCCUCCUACAGAAGUAGAUAUUCCAUCUACAGUUUUGGCAUUGAAAACCCUUGGAACGUUUAAUUUCGACGGUAAUCCACUUUUACAAUUUGUCAGACGAUGCGCUGAUCAUUUUCUCACAUCGGAAGAAGCCGAGGUUCGAUUAGAGGCGGUGAGAACGUGUUCGAGAUUAUUACGUUUAGCGUUAAAUCAACCAGGACCUACAGUGACCAACACCGUUUCCACGGUUCUUGGAAAAUUGCUAGUCGUAGGUAUCACGGACACAGAUCCUGACGUGAGACUCUGGGUUUUAGCCUCUUUGGAUGAUUCUUUCGACAUUCAUCUGGCGCAAGCCGAAAAUCUAUCAGCUUUAUUUAUCGCGAUGAACGACGAAAUGUUUGAAAUAAGAGAAUUAGCUAUUCGUACGAUCGGACGAUUGAGCACGAUGAACCCGGCGUACGUAAUGCCGUCUCUUCGGAAAACGCUGAUACAAUUUUUAACCGAAUUGGAGCAUUCUGGUAUGGGUCGGAACAAAGAACAAGCAGCUCGUAUGCUAGAUCAUUUGGUUGUCAGCGCGCCGAGGCUCAUAAGACCGUACAUGGAACCGAUAUUAAAAGUUCUCGUACCGAAGUUAAAGGAACCGGAAUCGAACCCUGGUGUAAUCUUGGGUAUAUUACGUGCUAUCGGUGAUCUAGCCGAAGUGAACGGUGCCGAAAUGCAACAGUGGAUGCCUGAGCUUUUAUCUAUCCUGCUCGAAAUGCUAGUGGACGCCAGUUCUCCAGAGAAAAGAGGUGUUGCCCUAUGGGUUCUUGGGCAGUUGGUUGGAAGCACCGGUCACGUUGUAAAACCGUACAUGCAGUAUCCAUCGCUGUUAGAUGUUUUGAUAAACUUUUUGAAAACUGAACAGCAACCGAUCAUUAGGAGAGAAACGAUAAGAGUACUCGGUUUACUCGGUGCUUUGGAUCCGUACAAGCACAAAAUGAAUCUUGGCCAGAUUGAUUCUCUGUUAGACACUCUUACGUCUAUGGCUGACACUAAAAGCGACACUGAGAAUACACAGGACUUAACGACCAGCGAAAUGUUGGUGAACAUGUCAUCGUCUACCUUGGAGGAAUAUUAUCCAGCUAUAGCGAUUGCAACGCUUAUGAGGAUCAUACGAGACCCGACGUUAUCGCAGCACCAUACAAUGGUGGUUCAAGCUGUAACUUUUAUAUUCAAAAGUUUAGGAAUAAAAUGCGUGCCAUAUAUUUCUCAAGUAAUGCCAAGCUUUCUGAACGUUGUUCGCACGGCGGACGUUAAUUUUCGAGAAUAUCUAUUCCAACAGCUGGCCAUUCUCAUAGCGAUCGUGAAGCAACAUAUUAGAAAUUAUUUAGACGAUAUAUUCAAUUUGAUCAAAGAAUUCUGGACUGUAAACAGCCCGUUACAAAGUACGCUGAUACUUCUAGUCGAACAUAUUGCGGUCGCCUUAGGUGCUGAAUUCAAAAUUUACUUGCCUCAAUUGAUGCCACAGAUAUUAAGAGUUCUUACACACGAUACAAGCAAAGAUAGAUCGGUAACUGUGAAACUUCUUCAAGCGCUUCAAAAGUUUGGCAACAAUUUGGAUAAUUAUCUUCAUUUGGUCUUGCCGCCUAUCGUGAAAUUGUUUCACGCCACCGACUGUCCGAUAACAGUAAACAGAGUCGCAUUGGAGACCGUCGAUCAUCUGGCCGACACGUUAGACUUUACAGAUUUCGCAUCUAGAAUCGUGCAUCCUUUGGUUCGUACCCUGGAUCAGUGUCCGGAGCUACGAGACACGGCCAUGGACACGUUGUGUGCAUUGGUGAUACAAUUAGGGAAAAAGUAUCAAAUAUUUAUAUUAUUAGUACAAAAAGUUAUGACGAAACACAAGAUUGUUAAUUCCCGUUACGACGUUCUAAUAGAUAAAAUUUUAACAGAAACAACCGUUGCUGAUGGCGAAGAUUAUCUACUGAUACGUCAUCGACAUUCGAGAAAUAAGAACCGUGAUUUGUCAUUGACAUCGUCGGACACGACCACGAUAAAACGAUUACACGUGUCUGCUUCGAAUCUUCAGAAAGCUUGGACAGCGACCAGGAGAGUAUCGAAGGACGAUUGGCUGGAAUGGCUGAGAAGUUUGUCGAUCGGUUUGCUCAAGGAAUCACCUUCACCGGCAUUGAGAUCCUGCUGGGCUCUUGCGCAGACGUAUUCCCAGUUACCCAGGGACUUGUUCAACGCAGCAUUUGUAUCAUGUUGGACGGAACUAGACGAUACGUAUAGAACAGAGCUUAUACAGACGUUGCAGCAAGCGUUGAUGGUGCCGGAUCUUCCUGAGAUAACCCAAACGAUCCUGAACCUGGCGGAAUUUAUGGAACACUGCGACAAGGGGCCGUUACCGUUGGACAACAAAAUUUUAGGGGAACGAGCGAUGCAUUGCAGGGCGUACGCGAAAGCGUUGCAUUACAAGGAGGAUGAAUUUCAUAAGAGCAGGAACAGCAACGUUUUCGAAUCUUUGAUAUCGAUUAAUAACAAACUCCAGCAAAAAGAAGCCGCCGAAGGUUUGUUAGAGUACGUUAUGAAUCAGAGUAAUCAGCAAGAUCUGAAGGUGCAAAUUCGUUGGUACGAAAAGUUACAUAAUUGGGACAAAGCGUUGCAAUUGUACAGAGAAAGAUUGGAAAGCGAUAUGAACGACGUGGAAUCCACCUUGGGUGAAAUGCGAUGCUUGGAGGCACUUGGGGAAUGGGGACAGUUGCACGAUGUAGCUACUAAACAAUGGUCGCAUCAGAGCGAUGAGAUUAAACAGAGAAUGGCUAGGAUGGCUGCCGCUGCCGCGUGGGGUUUGAGUCAGUGGGAGAGCAUGGAGAAAUAUGUAUCGUUGAUACCGAAGGAUAGUCAAGACGGGGCAUUUUAUCGAGCUGUUUUAGCGAUUCACGACGAGCAGUACAAUAUUGCUCAUCAACUUAUCGACAGCGCCAGAGAUUUGCUGGACACCGAGCUGACCGCAAUGGCAGGUGAAAGUUAUCAAAGAGCCUACAACGCGAUGGUGGAGGUUCAGAAAUUAGCUGAAUUAGAAGAGGUGAUACAAUUCAAGCUCGUUCCGGAGAGAAGGAAUACCAUUAAAUCAAUGUGGUGGGAAAGGCUUCAAGGUGGGCAAAGGAUAGUCGAAGAUUGGCAAAAGAUUAUACAGGUUCAUACGUUGGUGGUCUCGCCGCAAGAUGAUAUGUAUACAUGGCUGAAAUAUGCGAGUCUCUGUAGAAAAAACGGUAGCUUGAUGUUAUGCCAUAAAACGUUGGUGAUGUUACUUGGCGCGGAUCCAUCGUUAACACCUGAUCAACCGUUGCCGACCACCAUUCAUCCUCAGGUUACCUUUGCUUACUGCAAGCACAUGUGGGUCGCGAAUAAACGAGAGGAGGCGUACAAUCAAUUGCAAAGAUUCGUACAGACGUCUUUGCAACCAACAACCGUGUCGAUUGUAAAUCCGGAGGAUGAGAAACAGCAAGAAGUAAGGAAGAGGCUACUCGCUAGAUGUUACCUGAAGCUUGGGGAAUGGUUAGAGGCUUUGCAAGGUAUAAACGAACAUUCUAUACCGGCGGUUCUAUCUUAUUAUGCCGCAGCAACGGAACACGAUCCAACAUGGUACAAAGCAUGGCACGCUUUUGCGUAUACUAACUUUGAAACAGUUCUAUUCUACAAGCACCAACAGGGGGAGUCUAACGCUGAAAAUAAUCCAGGAAAUGGAACUCGCAAUAAUCUCUCUAGUUCACAAUAUAUAUCUCAAUUUACUGUACCAGCGGUAGAAGGUUUCUUUAGAUCUAUUAAUCUCUCCCAUGGGAAUUCAUUGCAAGAUACGCUUCGUUUAUUGACAUUAUGGUUUGAUUAUGGACAGUGGCCAGAAGUGUACGAAGCCAUCGUCGAAGGUAUUCGAUUGAUCGAGAUCAAUACGUGGUUACAAGUAAUUCCUCAACUUAUAGCGAGAAUAGAUACUCCCAGGGCGUUGGUUGGUCGAUGCAUACAUCAUCUUCUGAUAGAUAUUGGAAAAACUCAUCCCCAAGCUUUAGUCUAUCCGUUGACCGUCGCCUCAAAAAGUGCCAGCCAUGCCAGGAAAACUGCUGCGAAUAAAAUUUUGAAGAGUAUGUGCGAGCAUAGUCCAACUUUAGUCCAGCAAGCAAUGAUGGUCAGCGAUGAAUUGAUUAGAGUUGCAAUUCUCUGGCAUGAGCUUUGGCACGAAGGAUUGGAAGAAGCUAGUAGAUUGUAUUUUGGAGAAAGAAAUGUCAGAGGGAUGUUUGAUACUUUGGAGCCUUUACAUGCCAUGUUAGAAAGAGGUCCCCAAACUUUAAAGGAGACAUCCUUUAAUCAAGCUUACGGUAGAGAUUUAAUGGAAGCACAGGAAUGGUGUCACAGAUACAAAGCGUCACGCAAUGUUCGUGAUUUGAAUCAGGCCUGGGAUCUGUACUAUCAUGUAUUUCGACGAAUAUCCCGGCAAUUGCCGCAAUUAACUAGUUUAGAGCUUCAAUAUGUUAGUCCAAAGUUACUUCUUUGCAGAGAUUUGGAACUAGCCGUACCAGGAAGUUACAGUCCUGGACAGCCAAUAGUCAGAAUAGCAAGUAUUCAUAGUUCAAUGCAAGUGAUAACAAGCAAACAACGACCACGAAAAUUGUGUAUAAAAGGUAGCAAUGGUAAGGAUUACAUGUUCCUUUUGAAGGGACACGAGGAUCUUAGGCAGGAUGAACGUGUGAUGCAAUUGUUUGGUCUAGUCAAUACUCUUCUACUGCACGAUCCAGAUACAUUUAGAAGAAAUCUUACUAUCCAAAGAUAUGCUGUAAUUCCGUUAUCCACGAAUAGCGGUUUAAUUGGUUGGGUACCGCAUUGCGAUACAUUGCAUACUCUAAUUAGGGAUUACAGGGAGAAGAAGAAAAUAUUGUUAAACAUAGAACAUAAGAUAAUGUUACGGAUGGCUCCGGGUUACGAUCAUCUUACGCUUAUGCAAAAGGUUGAAGUUUUCGAACAUGCCCUCGAACAUACGCACGGUGAUGAUUUGUCGCGACUUCUCUGGCUAAAAUCACCGUCGAGUGAAGUAUGGUUUGAUCGCAGAACGAAUUAUACUCGUUCUCUCGCUGUAAUGUCAAUGGUAGGAUACAUUCUUGGCCUUGGAGAUCGGCAUCCCUCGAAUUUAAUGUUAGAUCGCUUAAGCGGAAAAAUAUUGCAUAUCGAUUUUGGAGAUUGCUUCGAAGUGGCCAUGACCCGUGAGAAGUUUCCUGAAAAAAUACCAUUUAGAUUAACCAGAAUGUUAAUCAAUGCAAUGGAGGUAACGGGAAUCGAGGGCACUUACAGAAGAACCUGCGAAUCGGUAAUGUCGGUUCUGCAUCGUAACAAGGACAGCUUGAUGGCGGUGUUAGAAGCGUUUGUUUAUGAUCCUCUGUUAAAUUGGAGAUUAAUGGAUAGCGCUGCGUUGAAAGGUAAAAGAUCUGAUGCUCAAGGGAUGAGUGCUAGUAGUAAUCAGGAGCAUAGCGAUACGUUAGAUUCUCUUACUGCCACGUUACCAAAGAAAGGAGUACCGUGUAGCGUUGAAAAUGGAGGUGACACUAAUCAGCCAGAAGCACUUAACAAAAAAGCUCUUACAAUUAUAACAAGAGUAAGGGAUAAAUUAACAGGACGCGAUUUCUCUCAUGAAGAAACAUUAAGCGUCCAACGUCAAGUUGAUCUUUUAAUUCAACAGGCUACCAAUAAUGAAAAUCUAUGUCAAUGUUAUAUCGGAUGGUGUCCUUUUUGGUAAAGAAAAAUUUUCAUCGAUGAGGUCUUGGAUGUGUAUCAUAAAACAGUCUCGUUCCUGUUUUGCAUUUUUAUUAUUAAGGAAUGAUUAUAUGUAACAUCAUAAUAUUAGAGCAUAUUGUACAUAAAUAAGCUACAUUAUUACAUUGAUUGUAUAUAAUAUGUAUUCGUCUUAUUCUCGCUUAUUGAGUAUAAUGUACAUUAGCAGUCACACCGUUUAGAAACCUCGUUACAAUCGCUUACAUUUUUAUUAUGUAAACACGAGAAAACUACUCAGGAAUAAGAUUACAGUAACAAUAUUUUUUUUUAA